GAACUUUAAGACAUAAAAGGAAUAAGGACAAAUUCUAAUGCUAUUUUAGCUGAAGGAUUUUAAUGAUUGCUUAUGUAAGACACUCUCUCACCCUUCUUCUCUCUCUCCAUUGAUGCUUGCUUUGCCAGGUAGAGGAACAAUGCAGUCUUUCUUACCUGUCAAAGGGUGUACAUUCCAUUUGUAUUCAACCAAGUUUUAAAGAAUUCUUUUUCUGACUCCAGGUGGUCCACCUCACACAUCUUCUGCCUUUCGUCUGGGAAGAUUUGAAAAGACACAGUUGUUCAGUCAAUUUUGUUGUUAUUUUGUUGUCAUCUCACCAGUAGGAUCAUAUUUGUUAACAUAUUUUCAGGGGGUUUGUAAAGCUCGCUUGAAUGCUGAAUCAUUGACAUGAUACAUGCCAGACUAUUGGUUUGCGGUUUUUUAUGUGGUGUGGGCAAAAGGGAAAUUUGGAGGUUGGGGUUCAAGUGUACUAUUAAGGAUGCAAGACCACUUUAGAGUAGCAUUGGCUUUGAGUGCUCAGGACCAUCCCAUUUGUGCUGGUGUCUUGCUCAGUGUCUGAGCACACACAGGCAGACAGUUUGGUUAGGAAACACCACUUUAGGGAGUUGGCUGAGUUUUGUGCGAGUCAAAGAGUGCGGAGCUGGAUGGCACUUCUCAUCUGAAAUGUUCUUCACCUGAAAAGAGAAUGCUGCACAGGUUGAACUACAACAAGAGGGUGUUUUAAAUGUGUUCAACAGCCAACUACGAGGUCGCAUCAAGGAGAACUUCUGAGGUAGGCUUGUUGAAGACUUUCAGAACUAGAGCACGGAGAGUAGUGUGCCUAUUCUACAGGCCUAAUUAUUUUUGCCAUUUCAAGGGAUUUGACUGCACCUCAAGCAGGUUGUGUGGGGCAGUGACUGCUAAUUUCCUUGGUGGUAGAUCUCAUGGAGCCCAGCACACGGACAUGGACGCAACUUGGCAGGAACUCAUGGCCAUAACAGAGCUACAGGGCUUCGAGCCUCCUUGUGAAGCUUCUUAUGGAGCAACACAUUACCAAAGCAUCGAGCCAAUUGCUUCUUUGGGCACAUAUGGAGCCACCCAUUGCCACUCCGAGCCGGCUACCUUUGAAGUGGCCACGACAGACGCAUAUGAUGGUGGUUACUCCGAGGAAGCUGCAGUCCAUCCCAACCCGGGCAGCGAUAUAGAUGCCCUCAAUAAGCAACCUGGACCACAACUGACCCAGAGAAUGCUAGCCACUUCCUCUCAGCCCCACCAAUCAAUUCUGGCUCUUACAGAACAGAGGACCUCAUCCUCAGGUACCAGAAGACCCAAUGGCAGUCUUCCUCUGGGCCACGGUCAGCACAUGUGGACAGCUCACAGCCAAAGUUCAUUUACUCAUUCAGCUGAUGAUCUUGAGUCAGACUCUGGUCUCUCUCUGGGCUCCAGUCCACCUUUGACUUCGCCGGAAACUUCUGCCUUUGGGGCAUCAUCGGUUUACAGGAGUGCAGAAAUACAAAGCAUGGGCGAACACUUUAGAAGAGGGCAAAAUUACUCCAUAGAUUACCAGCCUCAGUCUGACUGUUAUCUGCAAACAGGUGCACAACAUUCAUAUUUCACAACCCAACACUUGACCCAUUCACAGUACAACACGCUGGAUCUUCAGGCGGGAAAGCAGACUCUGGGUGAAGUUUACACCUCCGAGUUACCCAGCAGAGGGAGCUGGCAACAUGUCAUGCAUCCAAAACGUCAAGGAAGCAGCCAGACACCAGGGAGUAGGGAUGAGAGGCGGGCCAUUGCAUUGAAGAUCCCCUUCCCCAUGGAAAAGAUCAUUAAUCUGCCUGUGGAUGACUUCAAUGAGCUCCUGACGCAGUACACGCUGACAGAUGCCCAACUGGCGCUGAUUAAAGACAUCCGGCGCCGGGGUAAGAACAAAGUGGCAGCUCAAAACUGCCGCAAGCGCAAACUGGACACCAUCAUUCAUCUUGAAAGAGAGCUGGGUCAGCUUCAGACUCAGAGAGACAACCUGGUUCAGGAAAGAUUACAGUUCCGGCGCAGCUUGACAUACAUCAAGUGCCACUUUACUCAACUCUAUACAGAAGUAUUCUCUCACCUGAGGGAUGAAACUGGACAACCAUAUUCAAAAGAUGAGUACCAUCUACAACAGAUGGCAGAUGGGGAAACUUAUUUAGUCCCGCACACAACGAUGCCCAAGCAAGAAUGCUGAAAUGUGGAAUUGGCACCUUAUAGAAAUAACAUUCAUGUUGCAGGAUCAGCUACAGCGCAUUCCCAUUUAAUACAUUGUCUUGUACAUUUCAUGUUCAAUUAAAAACACCAGAUUAUAAAAAUAAACUUUAUUUUAAAAACAAGAGAAAAAUAAACUUUUCUGGGUAUUAAAAAAGAAUAAAUAAGUUUUUCCAGAAACCUGCAAGGGAGGGGGAAAAAAGGCAGAGUUAACUUUUGCUUCCAGGGAUUUGAAUCAGGCCCACAAUCAAUUUUAACAGGGAAGAAACAUCAGUGUGUUAGCCAAUAUACAUUCGAUUUCUGUGCAUUAGUUAUACCUGUUAGAUCCACUGCCAAUUAUAUGACGUCAGUCCCCUGAUAGCGCAUACACAGUUGAAUGUCACCUGAAAUAAAAUCAUAAUUCAAUAACCAAUCUCAUCACAAUUGCAUUUCAAUUAAUUCCCAGCAUGCAAAUGUAUUGUGGAACAAGAUAAAGAAACCCAUUUACCAACUUAGAACUGGGGCGAGAACAGUUUAAUCAUUAGUCUGGGACAGACAUCCUACUACCAUGACUACAUUUUCAAAGCAAGGUGUGCUAGCAUCAGUAGUUGAGAGGGCUGGUCUUACCUACAGGCUGCAUUUAAGCCUUUGGUAGCUGCUGCCUGCUAGACUCAGGUUCUGUUCUCACUCUCCCCUGCUUCAAUGAUCCUGGCGAUGAUUGCUACUUCUCUCCCUCAGCUGGCUUCCAUGGCUAGCCUCAAAGACUGCAUGUAAGCUAGCAUCCUCCAGAUGAUCUGUGCAGCACUCUGGCGUAGUCUGCACUCACUGCAUCCAACCCAUUUGUACGGCCCCUGUCAUCCCUCAACCAGUCGAAGUCUACUGCAUGGAUGCUCAUAGCACACAGAUUGUUCUCUUGCGCUCAGCUCUAUGCAGCAAUUCUAACCCCCCACCCCCUUCUCAGAACCACUAAAGGAGGCUAACAAGUUUGUAAAAAGACUGAAAGUUUGUUUAUUUCAGCUCGACUUGGAUGCAGUUACAAAUAAAACCAGAGAAUAAAAGGACAAAAAUAUCUACAUAAAACCCCUCAUUGGAAUGCUUGCUUUCCAGACACAGACUUUAGGGAAGAAAAAAAAAAAAAUCAAACACAAAAUUGCUUCAUUUGAACAACCCCCCCCCCCCCCUUUUUUUGUCUAUUAUACGACUCCUGCGGCAGCUGUAACCUGUCACAUGUUUGGCUGAGCAGAUUUAGGAGGUAAACCUGCAGCUGCCCUGUCACUUCCUCUCCUCUUGCUGUCACUUCCUCUCCUAAGUACUCAGCCCUGUUGAACAAUACGGAACAACAUUGUUAACUGUGCACUGACUUCAUACGACCUGAGAUCUAGUGGAUUGUUGUUGUUUUUGUUUUUUUUGUUUUAAAUGCGUAUGAGAGCACUGAACGAGUCCCUUUUUUGCGACAGAAACUGGCAGCCAUGCUAUGUAAUACUCACCACAUGUCACUUCAAAACCGCCCUUGACGACCGUAGCCACUGUUCGAGCUUCCACCAUAGCCUCCUUGAAACCCCCCCAAAAAAAACAGAUUAAGUUACCAUUUCUACAUGAUUUUGUGUCUAACAACUUACCAUAGUUCCUGCCACCACCGCCGCCACCACCACCACCACCAAAGCUGCUCUUCAUUGGGCCAAAGUUAGAGGACUGGGAGUCAUAGUGACCCAAGCUGUAGUUGCCACUGCCACCACUUCCGCCACAGUUGCCUGCAACAAUGUUAAUUUUUUAACCAUCAUGCAGAUGCAUUUAAGUUCAACAUAAAACGGGGAUAACAUUUACCGUAACCGUUGCUGUCAUAGCUAUUUCCACCAUAAUUUCCACCGCCACCUCCCUGGUUGUAGCCCUGGUUAUAACCACGGUUUCCGCUAUUGUUAUAUCCCCCGGGGCCACCUCCAUAGUCUACAAACAGAAUUGCCCUUAUAGUACAGCAGUUAAAAAGCUCUGGGGUUCAGACUUAAAAAAACAUGCUUACCAUCUCUUCCAUUGCCAUUAUAAUGGUUGUC